CUGUUGACAACAAGAAGAGCGUCAAUAUGGCUGAUCACCAAGCAUGCGAAGUUGGCGUGAAAUCAAAACGAAAGGCUUGCUUUGAAGUAGGCAUUUUGGUGGAUAAAAUGGUAAGAUAAUGGAAAAAUAAUCGCUUCUAUCAUAAGUGCCAAAGAUGACAACGAAGACAGUAAGCGGAGAUUCCUAUGGAAAUCUCCACUCGGAGGGAAAUGCUUUCCAGGUUGAUGGUGGAGUCGUUGUAGAUUCCCCACAGCAGCAAAGAUCAGAAAAUUUGCCUCAGAUAAAUAUUCCUAUUGAAAUCAAAGUAGAGGAAGAAAGUGAGGUUGACGCUGGUCAUGAAAGUGGAAGUGACAGACAGGAAGAAGAAAUGAGUUCGCAGGCAGCUGAGCAUGUUGUGGGGGAUAUUGUGGAGGACGGAGGUGAAGUUUCUUUGCAGGAUUUGCCGGUUGAUGAGAAACCCGCUGAGGGUGAAAUUAUUACUGAAGUAAUAACUGAAAAUAUUUUGCACCAUGAAAAUAAUCGAGACCAAUUUGAAAACACGGAUGGAGAGGACAAAGAUCAAAAUAAUGCAAACAACGAAUCAAACAGUAUUGAUGAUGAAAACCAUGAAGAUAAAGUUGAGGACCAAAAUGGAAAUAAGACGUUUGAGGUAAAGAAAGUGAGAAGCGAACCUCUGAUGAUUCACUUAGGUAAUGAUGAGGAAGAUGAUGAUGAUGGUGAUUGCUUUUCGGGAGAAGGGAAUGGCGAUAAUGAUGAUGGAAUGGCUGGUGAAGAUGAUGACGAUGAGGAUGAUGCUGACAGUGGGAUGAGUUUUGUUGAGGACGAUCGUAGUUUUGAGCCUGACAUAAACACAGGGAGAACCUCAGCUCAGAGCAGAAAUCGGCCCCCGACAACGAGCACACUGCGGGAAGUCCCACAUGGGCUGCGAGCCAAGGCCAAUACGCCAGCCAGUGUAUACACCAUUGCCAACGAAGUAGAGAGUCCGGUUGGUGACAAGAGGCAAGACUCGGGCAGAGCUGGUUCUCGGGGGUCAAGAGAAGAGGUGUUCCAGCGAGCAAUGACCCUCAUGUCGAACCGCUGCACCAGCGCGCGUGAGCAGGAUGGGGUGCUCUUCUCAGCCAGGGACACUCCCUACGGCGUGCACGUGCCUCAGUACUUCUACGUCACGCAGAAGAGGCCAGCCGCCAUGCCACCCCUCAAGGUAUGGCGCGGCUACAAAGGUAACGUGUACUUUGAGCCACUCACCAUACACCAGGUGAAGAACUCACUGGGAAACAAGUCUGCUGACCUUGAACCCCGGGGGUCAGUGUCUAUGUCAGUGUCCCCUUCCAAGACCGUAACCCCCCGUGUACCGACCCGAGCUACGACCGCUGGGGGGUCCAGCAAGUCGUACAGACUGAUCAACUCCUCCCCUCAGGUCUACGUCAUGGACAAACAGGCUGUGGUCGGCUCGCUGGGCGAAGGUAUCCAACGAGAGCUCAGAUACAUCGAGGGAUUGGAGUCUACCGGGAGUCUGGCCAUGCGGCCCAUGAGUAGUGGGGCCACCUUUCACAGAGCGGGGCCCACCUCGAGGCGAAUGCUUUACAAGCGCGAUCGGAUCUGUCGUGGGUCAAACUUCCAUGUGGGUGAGAACGCGUGCCCACGGGGUGGGGCGGGAGGCACUGGGGUUGGUGGCGGUGGGAGUACGGACGCGAUCAGUAGGCGGAGUUCGUAUGCUAGUAGUCGCUUCACCAACCGUAAACAAUACAGUCAGAGCGCGGGCCCGGUGUCACGCCCACACCACGCCUCUCGGUCACGCCCACCUCCACACAAUGGAGCCCAAGAGCUGGUUGUCAGUGGCGACAAGUUUGCUCCGCCCACUGUUAUGUCACCACUUCUAAGAACCACAACUCAGUUCUCCCUGAGCCACCAGCGCUCGCCCAUUGACAGCCCUGAUUUGUUGCGAGAGUACGAGCAGUUACCCCCGAUGGAGCAGGUCAGCGUGAGUCUGCGACACAUGGACAUACAGGAAGGGAGGGAUGACCUGGAGUCGAGACCUUCCUCAUACACGGAAGAGCUGAAACCUUUCAUCAAAUACAGCCCAGAUGUCAAGGGCAGCUAUGAGAGGAACGUGGUUAACACCUGCUGAGUGAUGUGUCGAGGGAUAGUGUGUUAACACCUGCUGAGUGAUGUGUCGAGGGAUAGUGUGUUAACACUUGCUGAGUGAUGUGUCGAGGGAUAGUGUGUUAACACCUGCUGAGUAAUGUGUCAAGGAGUUGUGUAUUGACACCUGCUGAGUGGUGUGUCAAGGAGUUGUAGUUAGCACCUGCUGAGUAUGAGUAGUGUGUGGAUACAUGCUUAGUGGUGUGUCAAUACAUGCUUAGGGGUGUGUUGACAUGUGCUUAGUGAUGUGUUGAUACAUGCUCAGUAGUGUGUCAAUGGUAGUGUGUUGGCACCUGCUGAGUAGUGUUUUGAUACCGGCUGAGUGGUUCUGUACAUGCUUAGUGGUGUGUCAAUACAUGCUUAGUGGUGUGUCGAUACAUGCAUAGAGGUGUGUGAUACCUGCUUAGUGGUGUGUUGAUACCUGCUUAGUGGUGUGUUAAUACCUGCUUAGUGGUGUGUACUUGCUUAGUGGUUCUGUACAUGCUUAGUGGUGUGUUGAUACCUGCCUAGUGGUGGUGUGUUGAUACAUGCUUAGUGGUGUGUCAGUACAUGCUUAGUGGUGUGUCAGUACACGGUUAGUGGUGUCAGUGUGUAGUGUGUUGACACCUGUUGAGUAGUGUGUUGAUACAGGCUGAAUGGUGUCAGUACAUGCUUGAAGGUGGGUCAGUACAUGCUGAGAGAGGUGUGAGAGGAAUCUGGUGCUGAAUGUUUAGUGACAGGUGACCAGUAGUGACCACCUUUAGCAAGGAAGAGGACACACAGGAUGCCUUGAGUCUACAGUUUCUCAGGAUUUUUCUUAACACCUGCUUGGAUAUAUAUAUGAGACCCUCAUGACUUUUAUUGAAUAUCCCGAAAAUUUUUUUGACAAAAA